CAAUCAAAACUGAAUUUUUUUAUAGAUCACCCACGCUUUAAACAAAUAGUGGAACGAAUUUAAACGUGAUGUUUACUCGAUAAGUAAAUUUUUCUUUCUCGCUUUAAAAGGCCUUGUUGCGAAGCAGCGAAAAUGACAGCUGAGGCACAUGGUUUCCUUUUACAAUUGCGUUAAGAGCUGUCAGUCAAAAGGAGCAGAACGCUCAGUGAUUGGCCAAUAUCUCGAAGCCAUUUGAGUGCUUCUGUAAGCAGCUGUCUUCUCGAACUUAGCGUUUGUCAUAAAAAGGGAGCUCGUGGAUUCGAGUGCAGCGUUUAGCAGGAACAGAAAAUGAUUUGUGAAAGCAAUCAGAAGACUAUUCAAACGUAAUGACGGCCAUGACAUUCCAUCGGGGACAAAUGGAGUAUAUACAACCGCCCCAGAAUUCUCAGGAAAUCCAACCCUCUCCUCUGGCCCUGCUAGCUGCGACUUGUAGUAAGAUCGGACAGGGAUUUGAAGCGCCUCAAAACAUCCUACAAGCGCCGAUCAACCAACUAGCGACACACCAUGAGUUCGCGACCUCGUGGGCUACGGAACAGAGCGGAUCGACGCAUACAAAUGACGAUGUCUACAACUCCAAUACACCGAACGUUCUCCAGACGCAAAAUCACUCCAACUCGGGUCUAUAUGCCUCCAUAAACCAGGUGGAACAAAGCCAGAUGUAUUAUGCAGCCGUUACGUCAAGUCCUGUUCUUUCACAACAAGGACUUCUAACAAACACCGAAGCCAGCGUUAAUCUCGCAUAUACCCCGGAAUACGACUUGUCUAAAACGGUGGAUGGCGUAUGGACUGUAAAAUCCGACUCAGGAGAAACUAAUACUGCGAUCGGAACCCAGUGGUGGCACGGAAAGCCUUUGUCUUGGGCUAAAAGCACAAGUAGCCCUUCGCAUCAAUUUGUGGUGUCUCCUUCUUACCCAACAACUGUGGGAACUAGCGACGCAGGUAUUUCCAUGGUAGAACAACAGGGACAAGAUGCGGCAGUGGACAACAAUUCACAGAAUCCCGCCUACGUUCAAGUAACCAGGACACCACAAGGGCAGAUUAUUUUAACUCAAGAAAGCUCAGAACCAAAUAAAUGGCUUUCUACUGGAACGGUUAAUGUAAUCGCUGCGGCAUCAAACGCUGCGAACGGAAAUGCAGCUAUUCAGGUACAAGUCCAUCCCGAAUCGCCGCAAGAAACGCAAAAUGUCAGCGUUGGUGUCGGGCAAGGGAACAAUCGGCGGCUUCGACGGGUCGCAUGCACUUGUCCUAAUUGUAGAGAAGGCGAAGGACGAACAGCUGAUGGCCGUAAGCAACAUAUCUGUCAUAUUCCAGGUUGUGGAAAAGUUUAUGGCAAGACAUCUCACUUGCGGGCGCAUCUGCGAUGGCACACGGGCGAGCGGCCGUUUGUGUGCAAUUGGCUAUUUUGCGGAAAACGAUUCACUCGAUCCGACGAGUUGCAACGCCAUAGAAGAACUCAUACAGGUGAAAAACGUUUUGCAUGUCCAGAAUGCGGCAAACGUUUCAUGCGAAGCGACCAUCUGUCAAAGCAUGUACGGACACACUCAAACGGAAAGACGGUCAAAGGGAAUGGCGUGAUGGGUUCUGGAGAAACCAUCGCGAUUCGACCGAUCCCGCAACAAGAAAUUUCAAACUUGCCAGCAAUUGAACCACGGCCUGAGGAGAUUAAAACUAAAGUGGAAAGUGAUCGUUCGGCAGUUGUGGAAGUAGAUCUUCCCAAUGUUGCGGUCGCUGUUGAACAGAAUCAAUUGAGUGAGAAUGAAUAUUUUACGGGCGAUGCGACAGAACACUAUCUAGACGACAUGAGUGUUGCUCACGAAUUCGUUGCAGUUCGAAUGGAUGGGACUCCUGGCACAGCUAUUUUAGUACAGGCUCAAAACUUAAACAUUAGUCAGGAUGUCUAAGGAAAAUGGGGAGGUAAUAAAACUAUCCGUUCUUUGAAGAUGAGAAAAAAGCAUCGAUGUAAAAGCGGCAACAUUUCGUUCAAUAUAUUUAAAUUUGAAACAUGUUGCAGAAGUAUUUAGGCUUUUUAGAUUUAUGGAGAACGGGUAUGAAAUGAUUUUUCGAUUUAAAGGGCGCAAGAUUUUCGUGGUUCUAUCGAGUCGAUCAAAAAAAUUGGAUCAAACCCAAUUUGAAAAGCGUUGUGUAUACAAUUUAUUCAAACAAUCUAUGUAGGUAUGUUUUGGAAAGUAAACAAAAGUUUGCGAUGCCCUAAUUGAAGCGAAGUAAGUAAGAAAAUUCUAAAAUCACCGCACCAGUUACUGUCUUCAAGUCAAAGGAUUCGUGAUCUUCUGGACACAAAGAAAUCACUUAAUGUGUGAUUAUUUUUUAUACGAUUCAAACUGAAAUUUUGAGGCCUUGUAAGAAGUUAUUGAAUUAUUUAUAACUGUUUGAAAGUUUCACCCGAAACAGAAAGGAAUUUUAAUAUCAGCUUUAGUUUACUUGAAAGUUGUAAUCAUACUUCUAAGCAUACUUCUAAGCAUAACAAGAAUCUUGCCAAAAGUGACCUGUACAGAAUACAACAAAUAUGGAAAACUAGGAUUUUUUUAAAGUUGCUGGCUGUGAAUGAAAAAGAUCUUUGCUGGAAUCAUGGAUAUCUUUUUUUAAAAUGUAUAUUUGUACAAAGAGGAAGUCGUAUUCUGACCAAUCUAUUUUUAUCAAACUUAGUCAAGGAAUUUAUGGCUUUGAAAUGUCAGUAAAAUGAUUUACAACUGUCUUA